AGGGACUUUCCACUCCACUCACUGUCAUCAUCACCACGCACACACAGUCCCGGGCCGGUGACUGCCUCGCACGCUCCUCCCAGCAGCAGCAGCAGCUUUCCUAAUAGGCAGCGCCGCGACAUCUGUGCACAGUGUAGCCUGUCCCGCCGUCCGCACUGGCCGGAGUCACAUAUAUAUAAUAUACACAGUAGUGACUGCCACUCUGUGGGCAUGAAGACCGGGUAACCUUGGACCUUUCCCGUUAGCUGUGCCUAGUGAACCACCGGGACUCACUAUACAGAGCCACUACAGAACAGAAACACCGACAGACCCAACUACUGCCAUAGAGCCAGAACCUGUACACAUUGUCACACCAUGGCAGGUCAUCAUAUGAUGAUGCAGAGCACGCUUCUGGAUGGACACAAGCCUUACAUAGAAAUAUUUGAACAGCCGCGGCAGAGAGGGAUGAGAUUUAGAUACAAGUGUGAAGGGAGAUCAGCUGGCAGUAUCCUUGGUGAACGCAGCACAGAGAACAACCGGACAUACCCAUCCAUCCAGCUGCAGAAUGUGAAUUACAAUUGUAAAGGCAAAGUGAGAGUGAGUUUAGUGACAAAAAAUGAGCCGUACAGGCCACAUCCGCACGAUCUGGUUGGCAAGGACUGCAGAGACGGCUAUUAUGAAACGGAAUUUGGUGCUGAUCGCAGAGUUCUGUGUUUCCAGAACUUGGGCAUUCAGUGUGUCCGGAGAAAAGAAGUGAAAGAUGCCAUCCAUUCCCGAAUGAUUCGUGAACUCAAUCCCUUCAAAGUAUCAAAUGACCAGCUGCUGACUAUUGAGGACUAUGACCUGAACGUUGUACGGUUAUGCUUCCAAGUUUUCCUUUCUGAUGCAGAUGGAAACUAUACUAUAGCCUUGGCACCGGUUGUUUCCAACCCAAUAUAUGACAACCGUGCUCCCAAUACGGCAGAACUGCGGAUAUGUCGGGUGAAUAAGAACUGUGGGAGUGCAGCUGGCGGCGAUGAAAUAUUCCUGCUGUGUGACAAAGUACAAAAAGAUGACAUACAGGUACGUUUUUUUACCGACAAAUGGGAGGACAAAGGACAGUUUGGGCAAGCUGAUGUGCACCGCCAAGUCGCUAUCGUGUUUAAGACUCCGGCGUUUCCAUUUCAUAUCACCGAAGUCACAACAGUGAAAAUGCAGCUUAAGCGGCCAUCUGACCAAGAAGUCAGCGAGCCUAUGGAUUUCAGAUACAUUCCGUGUGAAAAAGACCAUUAUGCAAAGAAAAUGAAAAAAAAUGAAGAGGUGCUAUAUAAUUUUUGGGGUAAUCUACAAGGCCAGCAAAAAGGAAACAAGCCUUUCGUAACACUACCAUCAUUGCCUGCUAAAGAACGACCAAUAAAAAUAGAGAAAAUUAUCAACCAGACAUGUACAGGUAUGCAGCCGUCAACUGAAGUACAAUCCGUGGUAGGGUCCACAGCUCCAAUAUUUUCUUUCACCAUGCCAACAUUACCAGAAACUAGGAAUCAUUCCAUGCCGACAAGUAAUCAGAACUUUCUCAAUAACAUGUGGCCAAGUACAAGCACGAUUCCUAACCCACCUAAUCACCAGAACUUUAGUUUUGUAAACACGUUAUCAACAGCAAACACUGCUCCACAGAAGGCUUACCAGAUAAGAAAAACUCCGGAGACUUCUACAACCCGUAUGGAGUUUACUCCAGUAUUUCAGGCAACUACAGAUUCCUCUUUGCAAAAGAACAAUUACAGUGCCCCUGAGAAAAGCUUACUCAAUACCAUGUGUAUGCCAAGUGGCUUGCAGCCCAAUUACCCAUCCAUUUCUAUUGAAAAUAGCAAGUAUGGGUCACCCUACAGUGACACAUUUGUAAGAGAUUCCGGUCACAUGAUGCCAAGUAUAAUGAAUGAACCAUUGUGGCCCAGUAUUCCACAAGCUGGUAUUUUUGAUUCACCAUUUAGUACAGUACCGCAUAACAGCGUGGUAAAUCAGUCCGGGGCGGAUCUCAUGGAAACGACACAAACUGAAUUUUGUAGUGUUGAUUCUGACCUCGAACGCUUCAUCAAUGAUUUAUCAAAGGGGAUGUCAAACCCGUAGCACAAUGUAGAAUAGGGGUUCUUUUCAAAGCCUAAUUGGACCGCCAGCCUGCUGAAAAUAAUGGUUAUUUAUCAUUCGUCUGAACUUCCUGGAUAGCAUGGUCCAAUUGACCAGAUAAUGGCCCUGCUUCACUGUGGACUGGUUUUAGAAUCAAAGGCAUUUGGAUAACAUCUUGUUCUGUACGCUGUCCAAUAAAUAUAGGUGAGCAGUCUUGGAGGUGCCAUUUCCCAAUGGUUUUCAUAAUAAUGUGGGUGUAUGUUUUAAUCUCUUCAGUAUUGUCAUCAUCUUAUCUGUAUGAUGAUAUUAUUUUCUUCUGUGGACCGAGUCAUCACUUCAGUGGACACUUUCAGACAAAAUAAGAAGUAACCAGGAAAUAAUGGAUGAUAAAAUUAUAACCAAUGAAUGCCUGAAAGGCAGAGCAGGGCUGCCAAGCUGCCUUUACCCAUGAUGACCCUGUAGUCCCCAGCUUCCACAGAAACUUGUGCAAUAUUUGCUGCAUAGGCUCUAUUGUAUGAGCCCCUAACGGGUACCUACAGUAUAAAACAAGGUUCUCCCUUGGACACCAUUAACGGAUAGAAUGGAUAUGUAGAUUACAUUUUUCUACAGUCAUGUUGCAUGGGUUAUUAUUAGAAUUAGGAAUGAUGUGUACAUUAAACAAAUAUGAUUUUAAUAUGUAUGGAAGUUUUCUCCAGAACAAGGUGGCUUUCACUAAAUAUCAACAAUAGAUGUCGUAACUUCUCAAAACAACUUCCAAGGACUAUUCUGGUGGCCACGUGUAGUCCUUGACGUGAACAUAUACAGCCCUCAUGGCCAGUCAUUUCAUCCAUUUGGCCCCCAGUCCUAUAAAUGCUGAUGUCACUGAGGUUUGUAGAAGAUCUUUUCACCAGCUGGUCUACCUAGGGUGUGUGAACACUUCCUACUGGUGCCUUGUAAUACCAACUUGAAUAAAUCUGUUUUGAAGUUGAGGGACAUCAUUAAAAAAAAUGAAGCCAUGGAUGUUACAGUUCUGUGGAACAUGAAAUGGAAAAAAGUCCAAUAAUAGACCUUAGAUUUAUAAAGAGUAUGUCCAGAUAUUUACUGCGGUCCUCAGUAUUGUUGAUUUUAAUCGCUGUACAAUUUUAUUGUAUUUUUUUUUGUACUUUUCUCACCUUUUCUAUUUUUAAAUGUGCUAUAUACUGUUUAUGUAUAUAUAUGUGUGUGUGUGUGUGUGUGUGUGUGUGUGUGUAUAUGUAUGUAUAUAUAGAAG